AUGUCCCAGAGCCUCAAUGCAUACUCUAAAUCCGUCAUCGACCGGGAUGAGGCACCUAUCACAACUACCAACUCCUCCAUCUUCGUUCCCGAGGGUGCCCAUGUUCCUAUCGCAUCUAUAAACUCCUCCAUCUUCGUCUCCGAGGGUACUCAGGCACCUGCCACAUCUACAAACUCCUCCAUCUUCGUUUCCGAGGAUAUCCUUACCACCAUUACUUGCGCGGAGAAGGACAGAUUGAUCGUCCAACUCAUACGCGCCAACCAGGAGCUUCGGACAGCUCUUGCCAAAAUCAACACGGAGAACGUGGAGUUGGCGGAGCGGGGUCGGACAUUGGCGGCGAGGGUUGGCGAGCUGCAAGCGAUGUUGAGGCGAGAGUCUGAAGGGUUGGAGUUGGUUCAGAAUACUGGAUGGGACUUUUCACCAGUGGAUUGGAAUGAAUGA